UUAAAGAAGUCAGCAAUGGCAUCUGGAAGAGGGUUCUAUGGCGAGUUUGACUUCCAUAGCUCCCAACAAAGUGAUGCUGUCACUAUUGGAGAUGUGUCCUUUAAACUCAAAACACCGAAGAACCCAGAACUUGUUCCACAGAACUACAUGACGGAUUCUUUGGCCCAGUCUGUGAUACAGCAUUUAAGAUGGAUAAUGCAGAAAGAUCUUCUCGGCCAAGAUGUCUUCCUUAUUGGUCCUCCUGGGCCCCUCCGGCGAUCUAUUGCCAUGCAGUAUCUGGAACUAACAAAGCGGGAGGUUGAAUAUAUUGCGCUGUCAAGAGACACCACAGAAACAGACCUCAAACAGCGACGAGAGAUCCGAGAUGGCAGUGCUUUUUAUCUCGAUCAGUGUGCAGUUCGUGCAGCCACAGAAGGCAGAAUCCUUGUGCUGGAAGGUCUGGAGAAGGCUGAGCGGAACGUCUUGCCGGUGCUAAACAAUUUGCUGGAGAACAGGGAAAUGCAGCUUGAAGAUGGUCGCUUUCUCAUGUCUGCAGAACGUUAUGACAAACUUCUGCAGGAACACACAAAAUCAGAGUUAGAUGCAUGGAAGAUUGUUCGGGUUAGUGAAGAUUUUCGAGUAAUAGCGUUGGGUCUGCCAGUACCUAAAUAUUCUGGUAACCCUUUGGAUCCUCCCCUUCGCUCUAGAUUUCAAGCUAGAGAUGUUUAUCAUCUGCCCUUCAAGGACCAUCUUCAACUAUUAUAUUCAAUUGGAUCAAACAUUUCUGCAGAGAGAAUUUCUCAGCUCCUGUCUUUUGCUACAACUCUCUGCUCUCAAGAAUCUUCUACAUUGGGACUUCCAGAUUUUCCUUUAGACAGCUUAUCGGCUGCAGUUCAGAUUUUGGAUUCCUUUCCUAUGAUGUCAGUCCAGCAUGUUAUUGAACGGCUUUACCCCUAUGAUGUUUUCCUUGGAAAGGAAGGCAGGACUGCAGUCAAAGAUGCACUAAAACGUUUUGAGCUUCAAGACUCAAAAAGCCAUUUGCGCCCAAGAAGGAUUACAAAAGUAGAAAGUGUGCCAGGAAACAAACCCUUCAAGGCUGAUGUAACUGUCCAGAUCGGUGACAAGGAAGUGACAUUCCAGGUUCCAGCUGGGACUGGGAUGUUAAAACAGCAUUCUCAAUCAGAAACUUUCGUAAGGACUUCCAGCCAUGAUCAGCUGUUGGCAGAAAUGAUGCAGUCCCACAUGGUUAAAGAUAUGUGUUUAAUUGGAGGAAAAGGCUGUGGCAAAACAGUUAUCGCUAAGGAAUUUGCUGAUAUACUAGGAUACAGCAUAGAACCUAUCAUGCUGUAUCAGGACAUGACAGCCAGAGAUUUGCUACAGCAGAGGUAUACUCUUCCUAAUGGGGACACUGCUUGGAGACCAUCGCCGCUUGUUACUGCUGCCCUGGAAGGAAAGCUUGUUAUUCUUGAUGGCAUUCAUCGAAUUAACCCUGGCACUCUAGCUGUACUUCAAAGACUAAUACAUGACAGAGAACUGACCCUCUAUGAUGGCACCAGAUUAUUAAGGGAAGACAGGUAUCAGAACUUAAAAGAAGAAUUACAGAUCACUGAUGAGAAACUACAGGAAAGGUCUAUCUUUCCAAUACACCCCUCCUUCAGAAUAGUUGUCCUAGCAGAACCGCCUGUCAUCGGAAGUAGUACCAAACAAUGGCUGGGUCCAGAGUUUCUGACACUGUUUCUUUUUCAUAAUGUUCGAUCUUUAAGCAAGAAUGAAGAAAUUCAAGUUAUUAAAGAAAUGAUUCCAAAUGUACCCAGUGCUGCUGUGGAGCAGUUGUUGUCAUUAACACACAAGCUUCGGGAGACAAAUGAUGCCACAGCACAGUCCCUGGCUUCAUCUUUAUCCACUCGACAACUGUUGCGAAUUUGUCGGCGACUGUCACAACAUCCAGAUGAAAGCCUUUACUAUGCUGUUAAUAAAGCCUGCCUUUCCAGGUUUUUACCAAACCUUGCCAGAUCGGCUUUACACAAAAAUCUCCAGGAUUCCGGUAUUGAGUCAAGUCCAGAUAGCACAAAGAAACUAGAGGAGAAGGAUUAUACUUGUGAAAUAAAUGAUGGGAUUCUGAAGAUAGGAUCUGUGACUAUGCCAGUUUAUAACCCAAGUGAGAAAAUGAAAGUGCCUGAUGUGUUGUUUUACGAAAAUGCUCAACACAUGCUGGUAAUGGAAGAUAUGCUAAAAGACUUUCUGCUGGGAGAACAUCUUCUUUUAGUUGGUAAUCAGGGUGUUGGGAAAAACAAGAUUGUUGACAGAUUCCUUCACCUUUUAAACAGGCCCAGAGAGUAUUUACAGCUGCAUAGGGAUACAACCGUACAAAGUCUUACCCUGCAGCCUUCAGUUAAAGAUGGUCUUAUUAUAUAUGAAGAUUCACCACUGGUAAAAGCAGUGAAGUUUGGACAUAUUUUGGUAAUUGAUGAGGCAGACAAGGCACCGACGAAUGUUACCUGUAUCUUAAAAACCUUAGUAGAAAGUGGAGAAAUGGUUUUGUCAGAUGGAAGGCGAAUUGUUGCCAAUCGUGCUCAUGUAGAGGGGAGAGAAAACGUAAUAGUAAUUCAUCCUGAUUUUAGAAUGAUAGUUCUAGCAAAUAGACCUGGAUUUCCUUUCUUGGGUAAUGACUUCUUUGGCACAUUAGGGGACAUUUUUAGUUGCCAUGCUGUUGAUAAUCCUAAGCCGCAGUCUGAACUUGCUAUGCUCAGACAAUAUGGUCCUGAUGUUCCUGAGCCAAUUCUUCAGAAACUGGUAGCUGCUUUUGGAGAACUGAGGAGUUUAGCUGACCAAGGAAUUAUUAAUUAUCCCUAUUCAACUAGAGAAGUUGUGAAUAUUGUAAAGCAUUUACAGAAAUUCCCAAAUGAAGGACUGGCGAAUGUUGUUCGAAAUGUUUUUGACUUCGACUCCUACAACAAUGAAAUGCGUGAAAUUUUAAUCAGCACUUUGCACAAAUACGGGAUACCUAUUGGAGCAAAACCGACCAAUGUACUGCUGGCCAAGGAACUGCCAUUACCAGAUCAUAAAUUUAUAGGCUACUGGAAAAUCGAUCAGCCUGGGAAUGCACAACAGAAACUGCUGUGUCCCACAGAAACUCAGAAAAUAGAUGUAAAGGGCCCUAUAUACCUAAAUAUUCAAGGAUUUCCACUGGAACGACAUGAAUCCCGGUCCCUCAAUUUCACAGAAGAACUUGCCUUUUGGAGACUGCCUUUGGGUGAAGUUAACUUUGUUUGCGACGUCACUGUAACAAAAGAAGAUGAAGCUGAAAAUGUUCUUUAUGUUACUACUUGCAAUCCUGUUGCCUUGUACUUCAUGAAUGUUUCUAGUAAGAAUGGAUCCUUUGUGGAUUUCUAUGACCUCUUCCCAAGAACAGUUGGAAAUGUCUGGCAACCUUUUGUGACUGUGGCACCACUGGGAAAUCCACUCAAAGGUCAAGUGCUUGUACAUGAAGAGCAGAGCAAUGUUGUGUUGUUGCUGGAUACAAACAACGGUGCCCUUCGCCGACUUUUGCUCUCGCCAGAUGAUCAGGAGUCUCCGAAGAGAACGUCUUGGUGGAGCAGCAAGGAGGAGACGAGCAGCUACAAGAUGUGCCGAGAGUUUUCACACAAAAACUGGCUGGUGUUCUACAAAGAAGAAGGGAACCGUCUUAUCGUGCUGGACGUAUUAGAGGGCCAAACUCACACCAUCUCACUUCCAAUCAAUCUGAAAUCUGUCUUCCUCGUGGCUGAAGACCGGUGGCUCUUGGUGGAAAAUGGAACAAAUAAGAAAUUUCUUUUAACCAAGCGUGCUCAUAUGGAGGCUGAAGACAGUGAGGUUUGCCAGCUGUAUGCAUUGAAUGAAGAGCCAGCUGACAUGGGAUUUGGCUUAACAACGGCAUCAGAACUGAGUGUGCCGCAUGCAGUUUCAAGUGACCAGCUAUCUUCAGAAAACCUCAGUGCAGCUGUUGGACAAAAGAUCAGCUCCCCCAACAGGAUUUUCUCAGAUGAACAUAAUUACGCUACUAUUGUUAUUGGUUUCCCAGACCUCUUGUCUCCCAGUGAAGUGUACAGCUGGAAAAGAAACUCCUCUCUGAGUCGCAAUGCUUCUUCCUCUGAUUCAUUUUAUUAUGGAGCCCGGAGGAAAAGAGGAGCUGCAAAACAAACCAAUUGUAUAACUUUAUUGGCUUCUAAUCAAAUAGUCAGAAUUUUACCACCUGGAGAUGUGCCUUUGAAAGACAUUUACCCAAAAGAUGUCACUCCUCCACAAGCUGCUGGAUACUUAGAAGUAACAGAUCUUAACUCAAAGAAAAUCAAAUACAUUGCUAUUCCGAGCUCAGGAUCUCUUUCUCCAUAUACAUCUUGGCUGUCUAAGAUCUCAGAUGCUGAUGCCCUGUUGGCACCUCUGGGCAAAGUAGGCUUGGUUAGUGUGGACAUGGGAGGUGGUGUGAGGCUUUGGGAGACAGGACUCGACAGCCUCCAGCGCUCGCUGCAGGACUGGAGGAACAUGAUCGGACAAGAGGAUGGUCGACCUGUGCAGAUAACCAUUCAGAGGGACAGUGGUUUGGAUGUCAGUUCCCCCAAACAUGGAAAAGUGGAUCCACAAAACAUGCCUCAUGUUGGUGGAAAUACUUGGGCUGGUGGAACAGGUGGAAGAGACACUGCUGGGUUAGGUGGCAAGGGUGGCCCAUAUCGACUGGAUGCUGGCCAUAAGGUUUACCAAAUAUCGCAAGCUGAAAAGGAUGCUGUUCCUGAAGAGGUUAAGAGAGCUGCUCGAGAGAUGGGUGAAAAGGCUUUUAAACAGAGAUUGAAAGAGAUUCAGAUGAGUGAGUAUGAUGCAUCUACUUAUGAAAGGUUCUCUGGAGCAGUACGACGUCAAGUUCAGUCACUCCGCAUCAUCUUAGACAAUCUGCAGGCCAAGGGUAAGGAAAGACAGUGGCUGAGACACCAAGCUGUUGGAGAGUUAGAUGAUGCCAAAAUCAUUGAUGGGCUGACAGGAGAAAAAGCCAUUUAUAAACGACGGGGAGAGCACGAGCCACAACCUGGAAGCCCCCAGCAGAAACCUAAACGCUUGCGCUUGGUGGUGGAUGUCUCUGGGAGCAUGUACCGCUUUAAUGGGGUGGAUGGACGACUGGAACGCUCCAUGGAGGCUGUCUGCAUGGUCAUGGAAGCUUUUGAGAAUUAUGAGCACAAAUUCAAGUACGAUAUUGUUGGACAUUCAGGAGAUGGCUUCAACAUCGCCUUGGUUGGGAGUGACAAAGUUCCCAAGAACAAUAAGCAAAGAUUAGAGAUUCUUAAGGUCAUGCAUGCCCACGCUCAGUUCUGCAUGAGCGGCGAUCACACCUUGGAAGGGACAGAGCAUGCCAUUCGAGAAAUCGCCAAGGAAGAGGCCGAUGAAUAUUUUGUUAUCGUCUUGAGUGACGCAAAUCUCGAGCGAUACGGUAUUAAACCAUCAAGGUUUGCCGAGGUCCUGACCACCAAUUCUCAAGUCAAUGCUUUUGCCAUAUUUAUAGGAUCCUUAGGAGACCAAGCAGAUAGGCUGCAGAGGACACUGCCAGCAGGACGGUCUUUUAUUGCCAUGGAUACCAAAGAGAUCCCCCAGAUUUUGCAGCAGAUCUUUACAUCGACCAUGCUGUCAAGUGCCUAGCCAUCCCCGACGUCACGGUGCGGGAAUUCAAAGCAGAAACCCACUCCUGCUGAAGAUACGAACCCUGAAGCCGAGGAUAAACAGCUACUAAUGAAAUGCAAACUGUUCUCUCAUCAGCAAACCAACCCAAAUCUGCACUGCAGCUGUGCUGGAAAAUUUCACCGAAAUUCCCUCAACCAACUUCACGUGUUCAAAGAACUGCAGUGGGGCUGAGGUAAAUCUCAGGAAGGUUACCGAGUGACUGUUCUUCCAGAGGGACAAAUAAAUAAAGGACACUUUGUGAUCAUUACUCUGGCUGAUGGGUUGCCAGCACCGCCGCAUCAUCUCACAUGGUUUUACUGACAUGGUUCUCUGGGAUUUGAUAAUAUUACACAAAGCAGAGCCAGACAAUCUGUUUCAGUGUUUUGUGUGCAUAUGUUUGAAUGGGUAGUUAACUCUGUCUCUAAUUUAAGCAGGUCUGCUUUUGUCAGGCAGGAAACCCUUCCUUCCUCUGCUGUUGCUUUCUUGUCCUGGUGGACAUCGGGGCUUCGCCACUGGAGGCUGGAACAAUGGAGUGGUUUGCAAACACUGACGGUCACACGUAAACAUUCAUUAUCUGAUCAGGCACGGGGCUCAGCAUUGUCAGAUCUGGAGAAAGUGGCUGUUAAGAGGGGGGGGAAAUGGUUAUUUCAGUUCUGCCUGUGAAAAGGGUCAAAACAGUCUUAAAAACCCACCGGCCAACAUUGCCCAGAGAAGCUGUGGAUGCCCCAUCCCUGGAGGUGCUCAAGGCCAGGCUGGAUGGGGCUUUGGGCAACCUGGGCUGGUGGGAGGUGUCCCUGUCCAUGGCAGGGGGGUGGAAUUAGAUGGUCUUUAAGGUCUCUUCCAACCCAACCAUUCUGUGAUUCUGUGAUUUCCGAGGACGGGAUGACUACACCAACUCCUUUCCAUGAUGAAUGAUGGAGUCCUGCUUUGCUUUUCUCCAGAGUCCCUGGAGAAAAGGCCUCAGUACCUGGAGGUGCCUUUUUGAUUGAGAGACAAAACAGUUACUAGCACUUUGCUAGAGCUUCGUGAUCUGUGUUGUUUGGGUCUGUUGAAGGCGAAAGUGGAUGAGAGGUCUAGACAUGAGAAAAUAUGUUACUUUUUAUAAAGGAAAAAAAAUCUGUUUUCAUUUUAUCAAGACAUACAUGUUGGAAUAUAGUUCUUCAAUAUCUAAAAUAUUUAUAAAGACGAAAUUCAGUUGGCUGCUGUUUGGCUUGUCCCUUGAGGCAAUAAUCCCUCCCUAUAAACGAAAGAACAGAUAUCUUGCAGUGCACUGGGAACACAGGAAUACUUGAAUUUAUGAUUUAACUGAGCUGGGGGAGGGUGCAUCAUCUCUGGUACUCUGCUCAUAUUAAGUUAGGUAGCUGAUUAGAAUAAAGUCAGGGAGAGUACUCAAAAAUAUGAAGGAGGAGUUGCAAUAUUUCUAAUAUUUCUCUUACAGAUGCUGAAACUGCACUGUGGAUGGUAUUUUUGGAAGAGAAGAGGCAAAUUACUUUGAUUUUGUUAAAAUCAAAAUCAUUUUUGUUAAAUACAGAAGGGUUUAGUGUUUGAAGGGUCUAGUUUCUAAUGGCCGUUCCCUACCACGCAUGUCCUGCAGCAGCCUACACCUUUACCUUAAAUUCCCCCCAAAUCUCCUGCUUUUAGGAUUUGUUUGGGCUUCUGGGGCACAGGUGUUGGCACAAUGGCUUUUUUUUGAAACAGCUGCAGGCUUUGAGCUGGUGUAAUGGCACGUCCUGCCGAAGUCCCGUGGAGCAGCUGUCCCCAGAGGGCCGCCGAGAUAACCGCCUGGCUUUGAUGGCCCGCCCGGCGUCAAACCUCUCCGUGGUACACGGGGACGGAAGGCGUUUUUCAAAGGUUUGCUGGGAUUGUUAUGAUGACUGCGUACAUGAAAACAAAGAGGUUAAAGAUGCAAUUCCUGUUUGGAGGAGACGGGGAGGGGAGCGCUGCGUUGUCCCCGGCUGGGACAAAUGCAUGCUCGUGCACAUAAACAGACCCACAGUACACGCAGGCAUGGCUGCUUGGUGAAGCAUGCUUCAAAAGAGAAAUAUCCUGGUCCUGUAAACACAGUGUGAAAUACUACAUGCAAUAAAGAAUUAGCAUAUUAGGGCUCCUGUUGAUAAAUGUAUUUAUAAUGGAAAUUUCUUCAGCACCUCUGCUUUUCCUGCCAGCAGUUCUUCAGAAGGGAAGCGUUUGAUGACAGUUCAUUAGCGAAUGUACAGGACACCUUCUAGAUUACUCGAGUGGAUAAAAUCUCUCACUCCAGAUUUACAUAUCCUAUGAUAAUGGUAUCGUUAUCAUACAAGAACAGUGUUAGUUAAGAGAGGCUCUAUGGUAAGUUUAAUUGAUUUUUAAGCCCUUUGUGUGGGCAUCCCUGUAAAUCACGUUGAGCAUCACGCUAUUUCAAGCCACCCCUCUGCACCGUUUGGCUUUAUUCUCUGCUUCAGGACACAUCUGUUGCGUUUCAGUUCAUGUUUCACGGGCCCACAGGGUACAGCCUCAGGGCAGGCACUGCAGGGAGUGUGGACGGGGCAGUGUGAGAGCUGUUCCUGGUACUUUUGAUGAAUGGACCGGUUCAGGCACCCGUGUUGUGCACCACUCUUGUUUCCUUUGCUAGUGUAUGAAGAUGUUUUUUCCAUCUCUCUCACUAUUUGUUACAGCACCUCUGCACUCAUCUAAUUCUAUGAAAAGGCAGAGCAAACGACCAGAGCCGUCAGUCUGAGUGGGUCCUGACCCAUCACUAAUGCCUUUGUGAGCACCUCUAGUCAUAUUAACAAUUUUAACUACCUCUUAUAAUGCAAGUUUUGGUCUAGACCUGUUUAUAUACACAACGUGUUUGUUCUCACUAAAUAUCCAUUUGAUAACAGGAGAGAGCCAUUUAGGAUUACUAUUUAAAUAAGGUGCAAGAAAAAUAUGUAUUUAUUUAUAUAUAAUAUAAAGCCCAGGCAGGUUUGUUUCAAGCAGAGCAGAACACAUUCACCAUUUAAGAACACGCAGCCUGAUGGUCCUUCAUGGGAAAAUGGUGUUAGCAGAAGUGUGGGGAGGGACUGGGAACACUGGACUCUAGCAGUACUUUUUUUUUGUUUUGUUUUGUUUUUUUUUUUUCCCCACCAGUUUUCCUUACAGACAUCAGGCGUCAAACACAAUUCUGAAUGUCACCUUAGAGUUUAGCCAUGAACCUGAUGGAGUUAAGAAUAAAGGUUCUAAUUGCCGAUCAGAUAGAUUCAAUAUUUAGGCAAACAAACAUACAACCGAUACUGCAUUUAAAAAAUAAAUAGAAAUAAUAUAAAAUUAAAUUUAAAAAAAUGCUUAAUUGGGAGUAGAGAUAAGAGAUACAAGACUGCCAAUUCUUCUUCACCUAAAAUGUUAAGAUUUUUUUUUAAUUAUUACAAGACAAUUAUUGAAAUUGUUUGGAUAACAGCCCAGAAAAACAAAUGCAAUUGUGCUGUGUUUGCUAUUGCACAUUAUCUUGUUUAUUAAUAAAUAACAUUCCUAUAGCAAAUGAGAAUGUACAAGAUAUUUAUUGAAAAAUAAAAAUGAAAUUCCUAAAUA